AGGAUAUGUGGUCAUUAUAACAAGCGAAUCACACACGCUUGGUUCCUUCUUCCUUUCUUCUCCUUCUUCCUAUCUCCCCCUCUUUCUUAGUCAGCAGCUGUAAACUACUCUACCAGACGAAAAGAAAAUUAUGGCGACUUCUUCCAUCACUAUACCGACCAUGAGAACUCCGAUUCACGGAUCAAAAUUUCUAGGCCAAACCAAUCAAUUCUCAACUCCAAACCGGUCGAUGUUCCCGCUUCCAAAGCAGCAGCAAACAAACGUUCAUCAAGUAAAGGCCAUGGGUAAGUUCAAUCUAUGGGAAGUGAUGGGAGGAAGAGGACUAUGCAACGGAGAGAAAGGUAUUGAGAAGGAGCUCAAGAGGAACAUUGAAGAGGAACAAGAGACAUCAAAGGCUGAGAACGAGACAGAGAAAAAGAGCGAUGACACCACCUUGUCAUUUAAAGUACCUGAAGACGGUUUUGAGAAAGAAAUGAUGGGUCUCACAGGAGGGUUUCCUGGUGGCGAAAAGGGAUUGCAAACCUUCAUUGAGAAAAACCCACCACCUCCACCCACACCACCACCAACAAAACGAGGAAGUGAUGUAUCCGCAGUUGCUGCAGAUAAGAAACCAAAAGCGCCAGAGCUACCACUUCUCAUGCCGGGGAUGAUUGCUAUAGUUAAGAACCAGAACAGUCCGUAUCACAUGUAUUGUGGGAUUGUGCAGAGAAUCACUGAUGGAAAAGCUGGUGUCUUGUUCGAAGGAGGAAACUGGGACCGUCUCAUUACAUUCAGGCUUGAAGAGCUUGAACGAAGAGAGAAGGGUCCACCGGGUAAGAAUCCAAAGUCUUGUAUCCUUGAGCCUCUUAUCGAACAGAUGCAAAAGGAGGAGGCAGCACCAUAAGUGAUCUUUCCCUUCUUCUCUGUAUGUAAGUUCCUGUGAAUGUAUAUGUAACGUACCCUCUUUGCGUCUAGGCUACGAGAUCUCUGACUUGUUCAAAAAGAUCUUCAUCAUGUGAUAUAAGAUAUGAAUAAACGAUGAAUUCAAGCAUAAAACAUAGCAGGAAUUAGAAUGCACUCAA